AGAUGCCCGCUGAGGCAUGCUGAGUCCCCGCGGGUCAGGGUUGGGGCGGCUGUUGCUGCUCCUGCGAGGGGGCCUGGUGGCUGUGGGAGGCCGGGGCUGCGGUGGCGGCCGGAGCAACUUCUCAGUUAUGUCUUCACAAUCUAGCUGGUUGAGCACUGAAGAAAGGAACCAAGCUUUAUAUGAUCUUAAAGCUGCUGGCUGGACUGAGCUCACUGAAAGAGAUGCUAUAUUCAGAGAAUUCGUAUUCAAAACCUUUAAUCAGGCAUUUGGUUUUAUGACUCGGGUAGCUCUUCAGGCUGAAAAGAUGAAUCAUCAUCCUGAAUGGUUUAAUGUGUACAAUAAGGUCCAGAUAACACUCAUUUCCCAUGACUGUGGUGGCCUGACAAAGCGAGAUGUCAAGCUGGCUCAAUUUAUUGACAAAGCUGCUGCGUCUUGUCUAACAACUGGGUGCUAAAAUAAUCAUACAAAAUGUCUAUAAUUUGUUUAUUUAGUCUUCUCUCUUAAAAAUAGUUAAUCCUCAAAUUUCUCCAUUCCUGCAGAAGCUUUUGCAUAGAUACAUAAAGUUUUUAUCAAAUAGAUAAAAUACUAAAAUUGUUGCAUUAAAAAGUUGACUUUGUUUAGUCUGUGUAUCAGUGACAAGUGACGAUUUGGGCAGGAAUUCCUCCAAAGAAGAAUGAUUUGAGCUUAUUAGUAGGUCAGGUUUGCAUCUUAUGUACCCUGUGCUGUAUUUUAUCUUUUAGAUUCUAUACAAACUCAAUUUCAUUGAGGACUGCCAGGGUUGUGUUUGACCUCAGGGUGUGUGACCAGGGGGCGUGGCGAGCUCGAUAUCACUUAUGUCGAAGUCACCUGUAGUGGCCCAGGCGCUCGCUCUGCCAGUGUAAAUUGGCUCCUGAGCUCCAUUUCUGGCUGCAACAGAUUCCUGCAUCCCUCUGCCAGCGAAAAUGGAGCUCGAGAGGGCUGCACGUGGCCCUCCCGAGCUCCAUUUACACUGGCAGAAGCAUCGCAGACUGGUCCUUCAUUGUUUCCAGGGCAGCCCCAGAGGCCAGAUCUAAGCACCCUAAGCCUGCGGACCUUGAGUUUGACACGUCUGCUAUAGACAAUGACAAUGGAACAGUUCAACAUGAACAUCUGAUUUUUUAUUAAGUAAUGAAUGUGAGGGGUCCAGUGACCCUAUAUUAAUAUGUAUAAUUGCAAGGAAUAUAGCUGAGAGAAAAUCUCCCUUGCUGUAGUUAUAUAGAUGCACUUUCCACUUGUUUAAACUUUCAGGUAUUCUCUGGGAUAAAAUGACCACAACUGAUUGUGUGAGAAAAAUCAUGUAAUGUUCUUGGAAAUCUUGGUCAACAUAAAUAACAGUAAUCACAAUGAAUGUAAAAAAAAUCCCUGGUGAUACUUUAUAUUGAGCUAAGUGUAUUUGUCCGAUUGAUUCCAUAUGCUUUCAACUGUUAAGCUAGAUUCAAUGGGGAUUCCCACUCUCCUGUUUCCUGAGGCACAGAUCUGGCUCUUUCUGGACAAACAAGAGUCUUCGUGUAGCAUAUUGUAGUAAAAAGCCAGACUCUCUCCAAAUUUGUUCCCUUUCUUGGCCAUUGAUCAUACUGAUUGGAGGACUUUGUUCCAAACAUAACUCUCCCAUAAAAUAUUCUGAAAAGGCUAGGUCAUGAAUCUAGGAUGGACAGGAUCUGAGGCUCAACAAACUUAGGAUGGCACAAUACCUGUAAGUUAGCACAAAAUAUAAUAUAUAAAAAAAUCACAAAUUCCUUGAAAGAGCACACUAGCAUAUCUUGUUCUCAAGUCUGCCUAUCACUUUUGCUUUACCCUAGAGAUAGAUUCAACCACUUUCUCCAGCAAGCUGUAUCUGACUAGUCCCUAUGUCUCAAAAAGAUUGCAAUUUUGAAUAAAAGUUUUAGCAGCAUUGACUCCCUAGAGAUAUCCGGACAGUUGUUUGGCACUUUUUUUUACCCCCAGCCCAGAAAUAUAUAACAGCUCUUAGCACUGGUCUCAGAUUUCUUAGGGCUGAGCUGAGAACCUGUUGGACAAGCCAGGGCAAGUUUCUUUGUACCCCUUGAGAUUUGGAUUUUGCAGUCAAUAUGAAUUCUUCCGCCUGUCUGUGAGGCAUCUGGGAUAUGUAUAUUGAUUUGUUUCAAGCUUCCCUGCCUGGUUUGUGUGAGCCUAGAUUGGGAAAGUCUGGGUGAAUGUGAUGGAGAAAAGGGCCUGCCAUGAGUGAAUGGUUGAACGAAUAAAUGACAGUUUGUCCAUUUACUAUACCAGGGGUGUCAAACUCAAUUUCAUUGGGGGCCGCAUCAGAGUUGUGUUUGACCUUGGGAGGCCGGGCUGGGCGUGGCCAGGUUGGGCAUGGCCAGCUCAACAUCACUUGUGUCAGGGGCACCGUUUGUGGCCCGAGUGCUCUGCCAGCAAAUAUAGGCUCCUGAGUUCCAUUUUCGGCCGUGACAGCCUCCUGCAGCCCUCUGCCAGCGAAAACUGACUCAGGAGGGCCGCACACAGCCCUGCUGAGCUCUGUUUUCACUGGCAGAGGCACCAUGGGCCAGUCCUUCACUGUUUCCAGGGUGGCCCUAUGGGCCAAAUCUAAGCACCCCACUGGCCGGAUCUGGCCCCUGGACCUUGAGUUUGACACCCCUGCAUUAUAUUAUGCUGACUAUGCCAUAUUAGGGCAACCUAGUAUAUUCAUGAGAUCAAAGUGAGUAACAAAAUAGCUUGUAAGUAUUGAUUUCUCUUUGUAAAGUAAGAAGGUUUGCAGAAGAAAAACAUAGUUGAGUUUUGAUAUGUUGCUAUUUAAUUAAGAUUUAAUAAGUUCUCAGGCAAAAUACACAGGUUCCUUGUUAGAUAUAAAGACUGACCAGUUUUGUGCAUUUUUCUUUUCUGUUGACAAAAUUAAGUAUAUUUUUGGUAGCAAGUCAAAAACGGAAAUCAAACUGGAUAAUUUCAGUUAGAAUCUGAAGAGGAUACAGCCUUAAAAGUUAAGUCAAAGCUCCUGAUGCUAUAGAAUCUUCAUCCAGAGAUGGGCCCCAUGGUUAUUGACUGAAUUUGUUCAUGUAAUUUAAAUGCCUACCUUGUUUAAUUUGCUAUAUUUUAAUUUGAAUAAACAAUUCAUAUUACUCAUUCUAAA